AUGAUAGGAUGUGCCUUGUUUUUUUUUUCCUUCAGGGUUGCUAACCGGCUCACAAAACACCAUCAACUUGAUUUUGGGGGAAUUCUAAGGGAUACGGGGGUCACGGGAAUGUUCCACAUGCCUAACCACAAUCCUUUCGACUCCGCGAGGUAUAUAACAACAACUCUACUCAAAACUCCUGUAUCAUUAUAUCAGUCCAUAGCUUUAGACAUGGUAGAUUCCUGUAUUGAAAUUCGUCAUGGACGAUCGAGACAUUUUUCUACCGCCCAGUAUCCUCCAUUAGUUAAUAUCAGAGUAACUUUUUUUUCUCCCAAAGGAAUUUUUCUUCCAAUCUCCUGGGCUCCAAUGCCAAGCCCUGAUAUGACGGUACAUACUGUGACUCUCGUCCCAGGCUCCUCAGAGUAUCAAAAUGUUGUGAGCAAAUUUCAAGCAUCCACUGGUGGAAUGCACUUCCCGAAAAUAGAGCGGGUUCAGAAUCCCCAUCUUUACAAGCAGUACAUGAUACGAAAGCAGAAAAUGGACAAAGACAAUGGAGGAAACAACGAACGGCAGCUGUUCCAUGGGACAUACGCUGAAAAUAUACGUGCAAUAAACACACAGGGAUUCAACAGGAGUUUUUGUGGGGCGCAUGGUAAG